GUUGUUACCUUGUUGCGUACGUACUUCACCUUCCUUAGUUUCUAUAUUAUAUAUAGUUGUUUCGUGUCUAUGCCUCUGAAGAGUGGUGACAAAAACAAAUAAAAAGUGAUGCAGAGUCUGCAAGAGAAGGCCGCUGAAUGGAGCGGAGUUGAGACCACCCUUGCUUUCGCCAUUGACGACAACGGCGGCGGAGCCAAUCUCUUUCAGAAAUUGGGCCUCCAAACCUUUAUUAACCUCUCCACCAAUUUCUACGACAGGGUUUAUAAUGAUGAGGAAGAAUGGUUUCGUUCAAUAUUUGGUAAGUCUAAGAAAGAAGAAGCAAUUCAAAAUCAAUACGAGUUUCUUGUUCAAAGAAUGGGUGGCCCUAUUCUCUACUCUCAGAGAAGAGGGCAUCCUGCUCUAAUAACUAGGCAUGGAGCAUUUGAUGUGACACAUGAAGCUGCAGAGAGGUGGCUACAUCACAUGCAACAAGCAUUAGAUUCCACUUCCGACAUUGAUGAUGACUCUAAGAUCAAACUCAUCAACUUCUUCAGGUUUGAUUUUAUGAAGUGUUGGAGAAGAAGCCCGUCCUGCAUGCAUAUAUAUAUAUACAUGGAGCAGUGGUAGCUGGUUCUCGGGGUGGGGGGCUGUCUCCUGCAUGCAGACAGGACUGCAACACGCCCCCCGCGUGGUGCUGCAUUGGGACUCCGCAACGCUGACACCCCUGACGUACCACGCCCCCGGCGUGAUGAGUCACCACGCCCCUGGCGUGCUGCCACCUCAACCACCACGCCCCUGGCGUGCUGCCACCUCGGCUAUCCACCUCAGCCACCACGCCCCUGGCGUGCUGCCACCUGCCACUCCUGCUGAGCCACCACGCCCCCGGCGUGCUGCCACCUGUUUCUCCCGCUCGGCCACCACGCCCCCGGCGUGUUGAGGGUGAGCUCCACCCUCCGGUAAUUCCCCUCCUUGGCCAAUAUUCGGCCAAUUCACCAACACUUCCUCCAUACAGAAA